AUGGCCACCAUCGAUAUCGCAACUGCAUUGACCAUUCCCGGUCUUGAGCCUACCUUGACAAAGGAUGACCUGAAGGAAUGUACCAUCAUCACUGGAGAUCGUUGGACAUCGUUGGACAUAGAAGUGGAUAGGUCGGGCACUGUGAUACUACCGAAAUCCGCCGUGAAUGCGCGCGAGUUCCUCCCUACAGGUUGGCCCGGCCUACUCCAGCCCGACGACAGCAACCCUCCCGCAGGUCAGGCCUGGGCCAACAAGGUUGAUGAGUUCCACAAAGUCUUCAUCAACAAGCCGAUAGGGACUGCAAGAGAACUCGUUGAUGAGUUGGUUCACCAGGAUGUGCUUACGCCUAGUGCGCUCACGCUCAAUGCCACACAAUAUACUGCCAGGGGCGGUGUCACAGACCGCGGUCAGCGGGAGAGUUAG